AGCAGCCAUCGCAGUUGCACUGAACCUUCUUUUACACAGAAAUGGGAGCAGUGUGGAGAUGUCCCUCGUAUGUAUGAGAGGGGUCAUAAGUUAUUAAUGGCUUUGUUAUUGCAAAGGAAACAGUCGUUUGGUGAAACUGUCAGCAGGAAAACUAUGUGUCGUUCAUGCGUGGUCAACAGAAUGAUGGCCUCAGAGGAGCAGGUCUGGCCAGUCCCAAUGAAGGCAAUUGGAGCGCAAAAUCUUUUGACAAUGCCUGGAGGAGUGACCAAAUCAGGCUAUCUUCAUAAAAAAGGAGGCACUCAGCUGCAGAUCUUGAAGUGGCCUUUGAGAUUUGUGAUUAUUCACGAGGGAUGUAUUUACUACUUUAAGAGUAGCACAUCUGCAUCUCCACAGGGUGCAUUUUCUUUAAAUGGAUAUAACAGGGUUAUGCGGGCAGCUGAAGAGACAACAUCAAGCAAUGUGUUUCCUUUCAAGUUAGUUCACAUUAGCAAGAAGCACAGGACAUGGUUUUUUUCUGCUUCUUCUGAAGAUGAAAGAAAGAACUGGAUGCUAUCCCUGAGGAGGGAAAUAGAUCACUAUCAUGAGAAGAAAGAAACAAUAACAGAAUUCAGUGAUUCUGGUUCUGAUGCAGACAGUUUCUAUGGCUCAGUAGAACGUCCCAUUAAUAUCAAGUAUUCUCACCAUUCAGCAGAUAACGAAGAUUAUGACCAGGAGGAAGAGGAUGAAUCUUACUUGCAACCAGAUACCCCUGAUCUAGGGAAAGAUGAUAUUCUGGUCCUGCCCCCAGCCUACCCACCUCCACCAGUUCCUCAUGUCAGAAAAGGUGCCUUCUCAGAAUCAAGGGCCCAUUCCUUUGUUGGCAAAUCUGUUGGGCCAGUACCACCACCACCUCCUAAAAGAGGCUUACCUGAUAUCAAACCAGAGGAUCUUUUAAACAUGAGAGAAUCCCAGUUACAUUGCCGAACUGAAUCUAAUCCAAAGAUUCAGCACUCAAGCUGGAGAAUAAAUGAACAGCCACCUCCUGUACCUCCUCUACCUCCUUUCAAAAAGUCUGUCUGUAUCAAAGAAUCAUGCUCGUUACCCUCUGAGCCUCUCCCCCAAGUUCUCACCGCUCCCGAAGGAUGCGAGAAGCUAAAGAACUUAAACCUUUCACCACGAACUCCUCCUCCACUACCAAGCAGUAAACCCAAGCUGUCACAGUUAACUGAAAAGCCAGUAGACAUCAAAGUGCCAAGAGAACAUGGUAAACCGGGACUGUUCCUACCACCAGUACUUCCAAAGCCACCUGUGCCAGGCCACCAGCCACCUGUGCCAGGAUUCAAGCCUAGACCAGAGAAGUCUUUAUGUCCCCAGUUACAGAGAUCGCCACCAGAUGGGCAGAGUUUCAGAAGCUUCUCAUUUGAAAAACCAGCACUACCUGUCAAGCCAAACCAACCUGCUGAUGAUUCUGAUGAAGACUAUGAAAAGGUUGAGCUGCCUAAUUCAGUAUUUCUUAAUACCUCCGAAUCCUUUGAAGUUGAAAGGACAUUUAAAGCUAAUAGCCCAAGAGGACAACCGCAAAAUGGAUUAUACUGUAUUAGGAACUCAUCUACUAAGCCUGGAAAGGUAUUGGUUGUAUGGGAUGAAUCUGCAGAAAAAGUGAGAAACUACAGAAUCUUUGAAAAGGAUUGCAGGUUUUACCUGGACGCAGAGAUCAUGUUUUUGAACAUGGGAAGUUUGGUUGAAUACUACAGCACUCAUGUCUUACCUAGUCAUGACAGCCUAAUUCUUCAGUGUCCUUAUGGUUACUCUAAACCAAGAUGACACAGCUGGCAUAACUCACUGAUGCUGAAGAGAAAUGGGCUCCCCGCUAUCUCUGAAUUAAAUGCGGACAUAUGCCACUAUUGGAAUACUAGUCGUUUGCACACAGAAACUGAGUCUGUUUCAACCAUUUUUUCUCACUUGGGUUGUGGAUAGACUUUGUUUAAUGAACUCUUGGUAAACUUUGUAAUCCAGAUCAGUGGAUUUUAUGGCCCUUUCUUUUUAAAAAGAUCUGAACUGAUCAUGCUGUGAAAGUUGUCUGUGAUAUCUGCACCUUUUGUAAAACUGCUGCUAUUACUAAUCUCCUCAGAACAUGUAGGAUGGAUGUGAACAAAGAAAUGUUAUGGAUGCAACCUAUGCAGAAAAGGGAAACCUCUAAAAGUACAUCAGAAUUCACUUGUGACAGGGAAUACUACUACUCUGGCUUGAAGGCAUUGCUCCUUAAGUCAGUACUGGUGCUUAACUGAGAGUGUUUUUUUUUCCCAAUUGUAUUGUAAAUAAUGAAGACUUUUAUGCAAAUAAUUUGGUUUACUAUAGGUAAAGAUGAUCAAGAAAUACAGCUUUUUUUAAAGUCAUCCCAUACAUGCAUGUAAUUUCUGAUUCCAGUGUCUGCAGUGAUUGCUAUAAGGGAACUGUCCAGCUGAUACGAGUAUGGCAUCCCACAUGUUACUUAAUGAUGAGCAUUUCAGAUAAGCAUGGAUGAUAUUAAUGAUAUUAUGAUAUUAAUUUGGCUUUUGUGGGAACCCCAUAUGCUAGUUUGGAACUGGAUGCAUAGCUGCCACUAAUAUGAUAAUGGGUACGAGACAAAAGGAGUACAUGAGUUUAAUGGGAAGGGGCAGGGGGAAGUCAUGAAUACUUCAAAUUCUGACUAGCAGUUUUCUCUCACAUUGCUAUCACAGAAAAUCUAAAACUAAAUGUGUAAAGAGAAGAAGUCUAAAACCAUAAGUGGAUUGCUACAAUCACUAAUGAAUAAAGCCCAUAAAACUUCCUGGUCAGUCUCUUGAAUCAGGUUGUCAGCUUAUCACAUUCUGUUCUGUUCUAGGGCGAAGCAUAUUGCCAUAUUUUGUAAAUCUCUAAUCCUCCAUUACUAAAAUUGCUACUUGGUUUGUAGUGUGUGCAAAAUAAUGCUAGUUUGUUCAAUACUAGUACAUUAAAACCAAUUUUUAAUGAUAUGCAUUAAGAGGGUACUUUCAAACUUUGUUCCCAAAUAUUUUGGGGGCAAGUAUCCUAAAACCAAGGACUUAAUGGUUAUGUUGAAAUUAUACUAUGCAUGAAUUUUCAUUAAGAGGGGAAAUUUUAUUUUAAUUACAUUUUAAACAAUUUUCUUAGUUCAA